GAAUGUGCAAUACAAUAGUUCGAGUUUCGCUGACUGGUUCCUCGGGCUUAAUUUUGAGGUCAAUAACCAGUGGUUGUCGUCUUUUAGAAUGGCGCACUUAUUAACUUAAAAUACAUCACAAAUCAAGGUUUUCUAUUUGUUAAUUCAAAUUCUGCAACAACAGCGGGAAACGAAAGCUCUCUCUCGCGGAGGAGAGGGAAAUAUAAUUUAGAAAAAAUACAAAUCUCCGAUAGAAACGAACCUCUUCUCGUCGUUCAGUCGGUCAGCCAGCCAACCAGCAAAUUAGCGAAUGCGCGACUAACCUAGUCUCAAUACUUUGCCACUUUGAAAUCUAAAAUGUACGAAUUAAUCUUUCCCCAUUGCAGUUGCCACUUGAAAAUGAGUUAUUUGGAACAGACUUCACGAUAACUUGAUAAAAAAUGCCUGAAGUGACGAUCAACAACGUUAUUAUUAAUUUUCCUUUUAAACCAUACUCUGUUCAAGAAGACUAUAUGGCAAAAGUAAUAGAAUGCCUUCAAGACAGUAAAAAUGGUGUAUUAGAAUCUCCAACAGGCACAGGCAAAACACUAUGUCUUUUAUGCUCAUCCUUAAGUUGGCUAUUAACAAAAAAAGCACAACUACAAGCGCAAUCCUUAGUGGGAGCAAUAGAGAAACCAAAUUUUGGAGGACAUUUCUUCAAUAAACUUAGCAAAGAACUGAAAGGAGCUACAGGUGACACGGAGCCUUCGUCAAGCUUUAUUUCGGCUGCCCCAAAAAUUAUCUAUGCAUCUAGAACGCAUUCACAACUAUCACAGGCAAUGCAAGAGUUAAAAAGAACUGCUUACAAACAUGUCAGUACAGCUGUAUUAGGAUCUAGAGAUCAGCUUUGUAUCCACCCAGAUGUUUCAAAAGAAAUCAACUCUUCGAAUAAGAUACAUAUGUGUCACUCUAAAGUAAAAUCUAGAACAUGCCUUUAUUACAAUAAUGUUGAAACAAGGAAAGAAGAACCCUUGUUCAAGCAGGAAGUGCUGGAUAUAGAGGAUCUGGUGAAGGCUGGUCAGAAAUACAGAUGUUGUCCAUAUUUUUUAUCCAGAGAACUGAAACAGAAUGCAGAUAUAACUUUUAUGCCAUACAAUUACUUGUUAGAUCCAAAAGCGAGAAGAUCUCAAGGCAUAGAUUUGCAGAACAGUAUUAUUUUGUUAGAUGAAGCACACAACAUUGAGAAGAUGUGUGAAGAGGCAGCAUCAUUGCAGAUAUGCAGUACAGAAGUUGCAAUGUGUAUUGAUGAAAUCACAGCAGUAAUGGAAGACUUGGCUAACAGUACACAAGAAAAUGAUUUCACAGUGGAGAAUUCGGGAAAUGUACAAAAAGAUUUUACUGCUGAUGAUUUAUGUAUUUUGAAAGCCAUGUUUUUGGAAUUGGAAAACGCAAUCGACGAUAUAAAAAUCGUGAAACGCGAUGAAGGGGAUACGUAUCCUGGGAGUUACAUCUUUGAGUUGCUUGGAAAAGCUCAAAUAACGCAUGGCAAGGAAAUUCUAGUGACUGAGAAAUUAGACAAGAUUGUUCUUUAUUUAACGACCACAAGCACAUCUCCGUUUGCAAGAAAAGGUAAUGCGCUGCAAAAAUUCAGUGACCUAUUAAGAAUAGCAUUUAACAAUAGUAAUAAUAUGCGCCACAGAGAAAAACUCAAGCAAUGUUACAAAGUGUACAUUCAAGUAGAGGAACCAAAAAAGAGUCAUAAAAACGAUGUUUGGGAGACAAAGAAAGCUUUAAAGAAUGAAGGCAAAGUUAUUAGCUAUUGGUGCUUUAGUCCAGGAUUUAGUAUGCAGCAGUUAUUUGAACAAGGCGUACGCUCUAUAGUCUUAACAAGCGGUACAUUGUCCCCUUUAAAACCUUUCAUAUCCGAACUCCAAAUACCAAUCGAUGUCCAAUUGGAAAAUCCACAUAUAAUAAAAGGAGAUCAAGUUUGCGUGGGUGUUCUUAGCCAAGGUCCCGACGGCCAUGCAUUAAACUCUUCUUAUAACACAAGGAAUGAUCCAAAAUACAUAGCAUCUCUCGGAAGAACAAUAUUCAAUUUCAGUUGUCUAGUACCUCAUGGAUUGUUAGUAUUUUUUCCUUCAUAUCCAAUAAUGAAAAAGUGUCGAGAAGAAUGGCAAAUUGCAGGAUUGUGGACAAAAAUCGCAGAACGUAAAGCCAUAUAUGUGGAACCACAACACAAGGAUAGUUUUAGGAACGUCAUGAUCGAGUAUUGCGAAAAGAUUAAAGAUCCUUCCUGCAAAGGGGCAAUUUUUAUGGCAGUCUGCAGAGGAAAAGUGAGCGAAGGUCUCGAUUUUGCCAAUGCAAAUGGCAGAGCCGUUUUAAUUACCGGUCUUCCAUUUCCACCCUUGAAGGAUCCAAGAGUGAUAUUAAAACAACGAUAUUUGGAAGAAAUGAGAAGUACCGACAAAGAAGCUUUGUCUGGCCAACAAUGGUAUCAGCUCGAAGCAUCACGAGCUGUUAACCAGGCUAUUGGAAGAAUUAUACGUCACAAAAAUGAUUAUGGUGCUAUAAUACUCUGCGAUUGUAGGUUCGAUAAUUCAAACUUCAAGAAGCAUUUGUCUGCUUGGUUGAGGCCUUAUAUCAAACAAUUUACUAACUUUGGAAUGAUUACAAAAAACUUACGAGAUUUCUUUAAGUAUGCGGAAUAUACAUUACCGCAACCAGCUAUGCUGUCAAUGAAUCAAAGUAGUGCCUUGUUGCCAGCGUCAACAGCUACUUUUGAUACAACUGCAACCCGAGUCGCGAGAAGUAGUUCAAAACAAAAAUCCGAAGUAAUUCAGAAGACAGAAGAAGAUACUUUCGAUAUCGAUUUGUAUAGCAAUAAAAACGAACAGAAUAGCAAAGUUGAAAAUAAGAAAAAGAAUUUCUCCGAGCUUUUAGCAACGGAAUCGAAGCCUGUUAUUAAUUUUAGCGUUUGCAAAUUGAAACAAAAUUAUUCUACAUGCGAGCUAACAAAGGGGACCAGUGAACCACUUGCAAAAAAGAGAAAAAUAAAACUGUUACCAGUUGAACUCAAUGCACAUUUGUCUGGUCCAUCGACUUCUUCUUGUGCAGACACAACUGAAAAUGCUUCAAAAAUGAUUGAGGAGGCCGCUAAUGAAACUGAUAAAAAAAUUUUGGGGAAAACAUACCUCAAAGAGGUAAAGCGUUCAUUGUCGGAGGACAAUUAUAAAAUAUUUGCUAAAAUGAUACAAGAAUAUACAAAGACGAGUAAUUUAGACAAACUGUUGAAAACACUUCAGGACCUGUUCCCACCGAAAGAAGGAUUACUCCACUUAUUUAUAGGGUUCAAACAUUUCUUGAAGAAACAUCAUAUCAGUGCCUUUGAAACUCAUGUUACACAUUUAAGUAAUAUAAAGUCUUGAUGAUUGAUGUAUAAGGGAAUUAAGAGAUUAACUUUAUAUUUUGUACAAUGAUCGUUAAAAAUGUGUUACAAGUAAGUACUGGCGAUUUAUUAUAUACGCAAUUUUUUACUUUAACCGACCUUUAAAUCGGGGAUUAAUUUAAAUAUUUAAUAAUGUUUCUAAUCGUCUGAAGAUUUGUCUGAGGUAUUGUCUAAGGAUUUCAAUAAAUGUAACUUUAAGCACAUAAUAAAAAUUUUGUACAAAACAUUA